AUGGGGCCCCCUGGCAAUAGGGGAUCAUGGGGCCCCUGUGUCCUUGCCAAAACUCAAAAAAGCCUAUGAAAAAGGUACCAGGGGCAUCUCAUGUGACCCCCUACUGACCCGGGCCCUCGGUAAUAAAUGCACCUGCCACCAACGGGCUUGUGUACAAAUACAGACCAGGGGCGGACUGACAACUCAUGGGGCCCCCGGGCAAUAGGGGAUUAUGGGGCCCCUGUGUCCUUGCACAAACUCAAAAAAGCCUAUGAAAAAGGUACCAGGGGCAUCUCCUGGGGCCCUCUACUGACCCCGGGCCCUCGGGCAGUGCCCGAGUUUCCAAAUGGUCAGUUCGCCCCUGAUACAGACAUAAAGUGUUAGCAAGUCUUUUGUAGAAAUAAAA